UCUAUAAAACCUUCCUUCAAUUCGUUUACAGUCUCCACAUCACUCUCGAGAUCGGGAGAGAGAGAGAAAGGCGGGAGAGAGAGAUAGGGGGGAAAUUUAGGGUUUCUUAGUCUGCUUCGAUUUGGGCUCUCUCAUAGUUCAGUAGGGAUCGUAAUGGACAAGCUAAGGAAGCAGGCGAGCAAGCUCAGAGAGCAGGUGGCGAAGCAGCAACAGGCAGUGAUAAAGCAGUUCAGUGGAAGUGGUUAUGAGAGUUCUGGUGUAAUGGUCAUCGAUGAGGUUGAAUUGUAUAGACAUCAGCAACUGGAGAAAUUAUACAAAUCUACUCGUACAGCAAGGGAUUUCCAAAAGGAUGUUGUUAGAGCAGGUGACGUUUUUGCAAGUAUUGGGCAUAGACAUAUUGAAGCUGGGACAAAAUUGUCGGAGGAUUGCUUUAAGUAUGGAGGUGAGAACUAUGCAAGUGAUGGGACUCUUGCUAAAGUUGCAUCUUUAUAUGGCGGUGCUUUAGUGAAUGUGGAGAAAGAGUAUGAAGAAUAUAAUAAAAUUUUAAUCACACAGAUGCUAGAGCCUUUAAGAGCAAUGGCUACAGGUACUGCCUUGGAAGAUGCCCGCCAUCUCGCUCAGCGUUAUAGUCGGAUGAGACAGGAAGCAGAAGCUCAGGUAGGAGAAGUUUCAAGGCGGCAAUCUCGAGUGAAAGAAGCCCCUAUUUUUGAAAAUACUUCAAAGUUACAGUCGUCCGAAUCUAGGAUGCAAGAUCUAAAGGCAAACAUGGCUGUCCUUGGAAAGGAAGCUGCUGCUGCACUAGCUGCUGUUGAAUCACAGCAGCAAAGGUUGACUCUCCAGCGCUUAGUUGCUAUGGUUGAGGCAGAAAAGUCAUUUCAUUUAAGGGUAGCUGCUAUACUAGAUGAUGUUGAAGCAGAGAUGCUCUCUGAAAAGCAAAGGAAAGAAUCAGCCAUUCCUUCAGUUCCUAACCACACACCACAACCAUCACCUAAACGUUCUGAAAAGGCAUUAUAUUUCCUUGCUGAGGCAGUGCACCCAUUCACAGCCUUUUCAGAGAAGGAAUUGAGCUUGGCUGUUGGCGACUAUGUCGUAGUGAGGCAGGUUGAUCAAUCCGGAUGGUCUGAGGGUGAAUGUAAGGGCAAGGCGGGUUGGUUUCCUUCAGCUUUUGUGGAGAGAAGACAGGAUAUCCCUCCGAACAAGGUUUUACCACAUGAUUUGUAAAAUAACUAUAAAGUUUGUUCUGCAGAUUUGACCAUAUUAGCAGCCUCUUUGUAUGCAAUUCUGCUGUUAUGAUUCAUUCUGUUAUUAUAAAAGUGCUUUUAUAUCUCCUGUAAUAUUCAUUAUAUGCAUAUAUGUAUAUCAUGGGAACUAUAUGUCAGAUAAAU